AUGUCCAAGCCACGCCGAAACGUCAGGUUUAACCAUCGGUCGUCCGAUGCUCGACGACUAAGUAUAUCUGAUGCUAGCGAUGCUGCCUCUGAACCGGGUAGCCCUUCGAAAAAUGGAAGCGUUGACAAACCCGCGACGAUCCUAGAAAAACCUGAGCAGUCCGAGUACGAAAAGAAAAAGCAGACGUUCAUUACCCGCACAAUAUGGACCUUUGUGAUGAUUGCCGGUUUCUUCAUUGCCAUGUUUUCGGGCCACAUAUACAUUAUCGGAAUCGUAACUGCUAUCCAAAUUAUCUCGUUCAAGGAAGUCAUCGCCAUUGCCAAUGUCCCAAGCAAGGAAAAGAAUAUCCGGUUUACCAAGUCGUUGAAUUGGUACUUUUUGGCGACGAGUAUGUACUUUCUCUACGGAGAAAGCGUCAUCUAUUAUUUCAAGCAUAUACUUCUGGUUGACAAGGUGUUGCUACCCUUGGCAACUCACCACCGGUUCAUCAGCUUUACACUCUAUGUUAUGGGCUUCGUUUUUUUUGUUGCCUCCCUGCAGAAGGGACACUACCUGUUCCAGUUCACCCAAUUCGCAUGGACUCAUAUGGCUCUAUACUUGAUUGUUGUUCAGGCGCACUUUGUCAUGAACAACAUCUUGGAGGGAAUGAUCUGGUUUUUCCUCCCAGCCUCGUUGGUCAUCACCAACGAUAUCUUUGCCUACGUCUGUGGAAUCACCUUUGGCCGAACUCAGCUUAUUCAACUCUCACCUAAGAAGACCGUCGAAGGGUUCAUGGGUGCUUGGAUUUGUACCAUCAUUUUCGGCUACUUUAUGACCAAUGUCCUGAUGCGCUACAAGUACUUCAUUUGCCCUGUCAAUGACCUUGGAUCCAAUGUGUUGACCGGGCUGCAAUGCGUCCCCAACCCGGCCUUUGUACCUCAGCCUUAUCAUAUUCCAGAGUGGACCGGAUUCGGAAGAACCUUCUACAUUGAACCCAUGCAGUUCCACAUUCUGGUUUUUGCUUCCUUCGCCUCCCUCAUUGCUCCUUUUGGUGGCUUCUUUGCUUCCGGGCUCAAGCGAACCUUCAAAAUCAAGGAUUUUGGCGAGUCGAUUCCUGGCCACGGCGGUAUCACCGAUCGGAUGGACUGCCAGUUCAUCAUGGGUUUCUUCGCGUACAUGUACUACCACAGCUUCAUUGCGGUAUAUAAGGCGAGCGUCGGGGAUAUCAUCGAGGCCGCUAUCAACGGUCUGACCCCUGAAGAGCAGCUUGACGUUGUGCGCGGCCUUAGCAAAUACCUGUUUAACCAAGGAACAGUUUCUGAAACAGUAAGCGGGUCCCCUUGCUCUUUUCUUCCACUCUUACUCAUCUUUCUCUAG